GUCUGUACUACAACAUUGUGAAAUAAACACGGAAUACUUUGGCAGAUUUUCAAUCAAGUCACACUACUCAUUUAGUCAAAUCUUCUUGAGUCAGUCAAAUGAUCUCGGAGCACCUGACCAGAUCACUUAAUCCGAUUCAAACCUAAUUUUAGAGUCUAAAUUGGUUUAUUGAACCUGUCUGUGAUAAAGGAGUGGUGCAUGGUGCAUUUCAAGAUACUACAAGAGUUUUACUGAACGUGCAACAUGGAGGAGAAGAACGGAGAAGGAAUCAAUUUGCAAAUUAUGGAAGUGGGAGGAGGAAACAAAACAAAGGACACGCCUGUUGGGACUCCGACGUCGCAGAAUGAGGACUACGACCCUCACCAGCACAGAACUAACCCGAAUGCAACGACAAAUCGUGAAACCUUAAUCCAUUUACUAAAAGGUUCACUGGGAACUGGAAUCCUUGCAAUGCCGGAAGCCUUUCACAACUCCGGUUUAGUCUUAGGAACCAUCAGCACGAUAUUGAUUGGGGCCCUGUGCACAUACUGUUUGCAUGUCCUGGUGCAAGCCCAAUAUAUUUUGUGCAAAAAAUUAAAAGUUCCAGUUCUGUCCUAUCCGGCAUCUAUGAAAUACGCCCUGGAAAUCGGCCCGCAGUGUCUCAGGCGUUUUGCUAAUGCAUCAUAUGCUAUCGUAGAUAUCUUUCUCAUAGUGUACCAAGUUGGAAUCUGUUGCGUGUACGUAGUCUUCGUCGCAGAAAACAUCAAACAGCUGAUAGACUUUUACGUGGUAGAAUUAGACGUCAAACUCCACAUGGUGUUCCUUUUAAUACCUCUGAUCGCCAUCAACAGCAUAAGGAAUUUAAAGCUCUUGGCUCCAUUUUCUUCUUUGGCCAAUUUGGUGACACUGGUCGGUAUCUGUCUGAUUAUGGUGUAUAUUUUGGACGACUUACCGUCUCCUUCAACAAGGGAGAUGGUGGCACCGCUGGUGAGAUAUCCAUUAUUUUUUGGAACCACGUUGUUUGCCUUGGAAGCUGUCGGAGUGAUAAUUGCUUUGGAAAAUAACAUGAAGACUCCAGCGUCCUUCGGAGGCUACUGCGGCGUCUUGAACGUCGCCAUGUCUAUCAUUGUCUUUUUGUAUGUUAUGGUUGGUUUUUUGGGAUACAUCAAAUACGGCCCUGACUCGAAAGGUUCUAUAACUCUGAAUCUGCCAAAUGAAGAAAUCAUGGCCCAAUCUAUUAAAAUAAUGUUUACACUGGCCAUCUACGUUUCCUACGGUCUCCAGUGCUACGUGCCAGUGGAAAUAUUGCUGACCAGAUACUUCGAGAAGAAAAUUGCCCAGAGCGACCACAAAAUUUUGUAUGAGUACGCAAUCAGGAUAGGAGUUGUCAUCGUAACCUUCCUGAGUGCUGUGGCCAUCCCCCGCCUGGGUCUCUUCAUCUCGUUGAUCGGUGUCUUCUGUUUGUCGGCCCUCGGAUUGGCCUUUCCGGCCGUGAUAGAGUUAUGUGCAAAGUGGCCCGAUAACUUGGGUAAGUUUCGCUACGUCUUGGUCAAGGAUAUCGCCCUGGUUCUAUUCGGCAUCGUCGCCCUGAUCGUCGGUACGUAUGUCAGCGUCAGAGGUAUCGUGUUGUCUUUUAUGUGAUUCGGGGAAAAGAAGGUAGGAGAUUUGUUUAAUUCUAAGGUUCGGAUGGUUGUUUUAUAUAUUUAGUUGUUUUUUAAGGUUCCUAUGG